UAUUACAUAGCUCAGUUUUUACUCACGUAUGCGUGCGAGAUUUGCUUUCCGGUCUCCAGCUUUUUGGCCUUUGGCUUAAUCUUCUCUAACGUUCGAUUUCACGAUAUCAAAGUUGGUCGCGCGCGACGACGUCUCACUUUGUAGAAUUUAGCGGCGAGGGUGUGCCCCGAAUUUCCAUGCGGAUCAACGGCGUAACGUCAAACGCGUAACGCUGCCGCCAUCUUGGCACCAAAGCGCCGCCGACAGUGUCGCCAAGCGGUCGAAGAUCGUAUCAAAUCGUCGCCAUGAAUAAUACGGCGCACUUUUCGAAUUUAUACUUGAGCAAAUGUAAACCGUGGAACAGUGAAAAAGCGAAUUGGAAGUGGGUGCCGAGUAUUCGAGUAUACAUCCCUGUCUCUCUCUCUAUAUCUCUCUCUCUCUCUCUUCGAUCAGGUUAAUGUUUUCAACUACGACGAUACCGACGAGUCACAUUCGUUAGAAGAAGACUGUGUGAUACGUGAGGACGAAUCUGGUACUCUCUCUCUAAAUUUGGAUACGCUUUCUAAUAGAAGACGCAUGUGAGUUGGACGACCACGUGGACCGAAUCCAUCGAAAAAACAAUUCUCCCGUAUCCCUACAGUAAGAUUUUACAACUACGAAAUUACGAAAUAUCAUUUUCGUGAGAUUAUGCGUUAUUUUUCUCUACUUGAUGAUUAAUCGGUGAGAAUUAGAUAUAAAGAAAUGUAUAUGUAAGUGUAAUUGUAAAUCGCAAUAACGUGAACGGAUUUAUACGAAUUUACGUGUGUUAUAUUAUGUGUGAGGAAUGAGCUAGUGCAAAACAAUAGAAAAAAAAAAAAGAAAAAAAAAAUAUAUAUAUAUAUAUAUGUGUGUGUAUGUAUGUUAUGUGUAUAUAAAUAUAUAUAUAUAUAUAUAUAUGUAUAUAUACAUAGGAUUAUUAAAAAGUAUUAUUGUGUAUAAGAAAUGUGAUAUAGUUUGAAUUUUAACGAUACUUUUAAAUCCUUUAAAAAAUUUCUUAACAUCUAUUAUACUGCGUGAGAAAAUUAAAUACUGCCAGAUUGUUUUGAAGGUAAUGCGUGAACAGAAAAUAGUUAGUACUUUUUACAAAGGGAACUAACUGGAAAUUUUUCAAUUUGAAUGAAGAAGGUCAUUAUCUAAUCAUGUCGAAUAAAAAUAUAUUGGAUGAAGAACCUAUGAAGAAAAGACUGAGGCAUCGCAUUAUAUCGGAUCAUAUUUAUAAUGAAGAAUUUGAGGAAUUAGUUAGCAAAAAUUGGAGCUGCCAUAACGAGAUUAAGAACAAUAAUCUUGAAGUUAUAUCAACACCUUUUAGGGUUUGUAAAAUAUCAAAUUUUCUUGCUAACGAGGAUUUUAUAAAUGAACUAAAAAAUGAAUUAUUAGAUGUCAAAUAUCGAAGAAAUAUUCUCGACCUGUAUCAGUUUGAACAAUCAGAUGACCUUGAAUUUGUGGAUAAACCAAAUGUACAACUUUUAUACGCAGCUUUUCAGAUCGAGAUUGCCAUGUGGAUGGAACGAGUUACAAGAAUUCCUUUGAACAACAAAAUCUCAAUGUCGAGCUCGUGUUACUGUAAUACAGAUUACUUGCUUUGCCAUGACGAUAAUAUGGGUGAAAGAAGAAUUGCAUAUAUAUUAUAUCUUUCAAAAAAUUGGAUUGCAGAGGACGGAGGAACCUUGGAUUUAUUUGAUACCGAUGAAGAUGGAUUGCCUCAAAACGUAGUACGGUCCUUGAUACCAGAAUAUAAUUCGCUAGUAUUUUUUGAAGUUAUGGAUACAUCUUUUCAUCAAGUCUCAGAGGUGAUUUCCACUGAGAGAACUCGUUGGUCGCUCAAUGGUUGGUUCGAAGGUUCGUUAAGACAGAGUAAUAGACUGCCAAGACCUAUUUUAUUUUGUAAAUAUACUGAACCAAUGGAUAUGGAAAUAAAAUUAGAGUCAUGGGUUAGGGGUUGCUAUCUUGAAUCCAAAAUGAUUGACGAUAUUCAGAAGGAAGUUGAAGUAGAAUCUUAUGCAUUUCUUUCCAGUUUUUUCAUAGAAGAUGUAUAUAAUAAACUUUCAGCAGAGAUCACCUCUGAAAGUAUUUCUUGGGAAAAAGUUGGUCCUGCUGAUGUAAGAAAUUAUGAGGUAGCUGACGAGAAUACUUUGCCAGCAUUAUUGAAAAGUUUCUGUGAUAUAUUUAAGUCUAAGAUUAUAUUUAGACUUCUCAGAAAUUAUACAGAAUUAGAUCUUGUAUCGAUGAAACCAGAUAUGAAACCAAAAAUGACUAUGGAAUUGCAAAGAUGGUCGCAAGGUAGUUACACAUUGAUUACUGACAGAUUGAAAAACAAAAGUAACGAAGAGGAAAAUCAAAUGGAGGAGAAAGUGUCCGAUACAAAAAAUAAAAGUAAAAAAUCAUUGGAUGGAAAAGACAUUAAGGAAAAAGAACUAAUGGAAUCUUUCACCAGUACUGACAGCAAAUGUUCUAUACAAUCUACUAGUGAUAAUAAAAAUUCUUUUAAAAGCAAAAAUUCCAUAUCCAUGGAAUUCAAUAAUGACAAUAAAUCUUCUAAAAAUAACAAAGAUUCUACAUCUAAACAAUUUAUUACUAAAUCAUGUAAAACUAAUAAAGAUUCUAAGUCUAAGCGAUCCGAUAGUAAAAGUAAAAAGAGUACAGAUAGCUCUAAAAAAGAGGCAUAUAAAUCAGAAAAUUUGGAAUCUUCUAAGAGUAGCGAGGAUUCCCAAUCUACAAGAUGUAGUUGUAGCAAUAAAAUAAUAGGUACCACGUGUAGAUAUUGUAGCACACUUUUCAGCGAUAAAGAAUAUGAGGACAUUGAAGAAGAAGAAGUGCCAAAGUUAAAAAAGAAAAAGUAUAAGAAAGUUAGACCAAAGAACGUAGAAUCGCAAACUUCGUCAUCUGGAUUAGAAAAUUCACCUUCUAGUUUUUAUGAUAUACUUGAUAGAAGUGAUUCUGAUGAAGUAUCUGACAUUGGUGAUUACCUUUCGGAUCCCUCUGAUUACGAUAUGGAAUCACAAAAUGAAAUGAUGGAAGAAGAGGAGGAAGAAGAUGAAGAUGAAGAAGAAGAAGAUGAAGAAGGUACUCUUGAUGUUAUCGUUCAAUUUCAUACCGCUAAUUUAUCACAAGAACAAACGAUAGAUUAUGUUCACCCAAAUGAAAAAGAAGGUUCAUUGAUUCAUAUACCACCGAAAGAUAAUCAUCUGUGUCUCAUUUAUAAAACUUUGAGUGUCAGUCGUGUUCACAAAUAUAUCAAUCAAUAUUGCAAAGGUUAUUUCUACAAUUUAGUAUGUACGUAUUGCGAGUAGUAUUAUUCAUGGUGAAAACCCAUCCUCAAAAUCUUUUUUGGCGGCCAUUGUACAUUCGAUGCGUCGUUCAAGUAAAAGAAAUUUGUUUUUAUUUUGAAAGGAAAUAUAUAUUGAUUGUACAGUGAAUGAAAUUUAAUCGAGGAGAUGAAAAAUAACUUUUCGGGAAGAUUAUUAACUUGAUUCAUCGAAAGAAAUAUUUAUCUUGCGAAAGAAUUGUAAUAUAGUAUUUGUAUUAAUAAAAUUAUCAGUAUUUAUGGGCAUAAAAUAUUUCCUUUUACGUUUUUUUCUUUUUCUUUUAUUUUCCUUUUUUUUCUUUUUUCUCUCUCUCUUUCCUUCUUCUUUUUUUCUUUUUUUUUCUUCUCUCAUAAGAAUUAUUGUACCUCGUGUUUUAAUUAUUUUCUUUACUUUGACAAUUCAAUCAUACAAACGUGAUAAUAUUUCAUACGACGCGAGUUAUUAUUUAGCUAACACAUCUAAGGUGUGAAAAUUAAGAUCACAAUGCAGAAGGAAACAUUCGCAAUUAUUUAUUAAGUGCAGCAUAUACAUAAUCUAAUAGAGAUUAAGAUAUACAAAGUGGUGAAGGUUUUUAUUUCGGAUAGAGAGAUCAUGCAUAAUGUGAAUGGAAAGAUGCAGAGCGUGAUGUAUGUGCUGCUUGUAUGUGCUGCUUGUAUGUGCUGCUUGUAUGUGUGUGUGCGUGUGGAUGUAAGAAAGAAAAGUUUCGUACAUUAUAUAUGACAUUGUUAAUUAACAAUUAUCAGGCAUUAAUUAACUUUCUAUCGGUUAAUGCAAACGUUAAGAUGAGACUAUUAAAAUGUUUAUAUUAUUGAAACUUUUCUUCUUUUAUACUUUGAGAUAAAAAAAAAAAAAAAAAAAAAAUAAAAAAAAAAAGAAAUGUGGAAUGAGUUGUAAGUAAAACAAAAGGAAGAGAAAAAAAAAAGAAACAAGGAAAAAGAAAUAGAUAAGAAGAAUAAACGAUUAAAUCGUUACUCUUGUUACGAAAAAUGGGAGGAAAAAAAGAAAACAAAAAGAGGGAGAGAGAGAGAGAGAGAGAGCGAAAAAAAAGAAACGUAAUAAUUUCAAUUGUUCUAAAGUUUUAUAAUUACGAAUCAUUUCUAUAUAAGGAAACAAAAUCAAGGAAGGAUUGUGCAUGAUAUUGUACGUACGUCAUACGAUAGGUUUAUUCUCAUACGACAUACGUCGAUUAAUCUGAUAUUAAAAAAAUUACAAGAUCCGAAAUAAAUUCGGUACUUCGAAAGGUAUGAAUGAAUGGAUGGAUGGGUGGGUGGGUGUGUGAGAAAGGAGAAAAAGUAAAAGAAAAAGAAAAAGAAAAAGCUUACGCUGUAUGGAUGCAGUCGUUACGAUCGAUGUUGUUGGAUUCCUGGACUUGAAAGGUCGGAUGAUGAUGUGGCACGAUUUGAUCUUCGUUAUCGUUCGUAGAUUUCGUAAUGACCUGAUAGGUACAAAAAAAAAAAAAAAAAAAAAAGAAAAAAAAAGAAAAAAGAAAAACAAAA